UUCACUGGGUACUUUUCGUCCUCGUCCUUUAAAUUGUGAGAUAAAUAAAACCGGAAUAAUAAAACUUUGAAGUGUUAUUUCUUGGCUAUUUUGAUUUGUUUCACGUUGUUUUUAAAUUGUAUAACUAAAUUGUUGUUAUUAAUUAAUUCGAGUUUUUAUAAUUUCUAUCCACAUUUUUUGAAUCGUAUAUAGCAAUAGUUCAAGAACUUUGAAUUUCUUAAAAACAGAUAUUAGAUAAAAAUGACUUCAACAGUAAUAGAGUUUUUGGUCAAAAUGACCUGUAAAGCAUGUGUUGAUGAUAUUCAUAAAAGUUUAGAUAGUGUCGAAGGUAUUAAAAAAGUCGAUAUUAAUCUUGAAAAGGGCUCUGUUGUUAUUGAAAGCACAUUAUCUACUCUAAGAUUACAAGAAUUACUUGAAUCCACCGGCCGACCUGUUGCAGUUAAAGGCUAUGCUGGAAGUAGCGCAGGUGUCUCUAUUUUGGAAGCAGGAGACGCUAAUGUAAAUGGAGUUGUACGAUUUGUACAAGCAACACCAGAUGUGUGCAUUAUUGAUGGCACAGUCGAUGGAUUACCGCCUGGUAAACAUAGAAUAGCAAUUUAUGAAUGUGGUGAUAUAUCUAGAGGAUGCAAAAGCAUUGGAAACAUUUUUAAUCCUGACUAUUACAAUGUAAACAAAAAGGUGUAUGGAGAUAUAGGAAAAAUAUUGGCAGAAAGAAAUGGACGUUCUGAAUUUCGAUUAGAAGAUAAUACAAUAAAAUUAUCAGAUGUUUUAGGAAGAGCAUUUGGAAUAGGUCCUGAACAUAACAAUGGAGAACCAAUUGCUUGUGGAAUCGUAGCCAGAUCGGCAGGCCUAUUUCAAAAUCCGAAGACUAUAUGCGCUUGCGAUGGGACAACCAUUUGGGAUGAGGUGGCGAAACCAAAUUCAAAAUCAAACUUAUAACAUUUCUUGAAAUGGAAGAUAAUGUAGUGUUUUUACAGGGUAUUUCUUGUUCAUGUAGCAAGAUUGUAGAGUAGAUAGAAAAAACUUGUUUUAUCAAUUAUUUAAGUUCAAUUAUUUUUUACAAAUACUCGAGUCUCUGGAGAUACAUAGUUGUCACAGAUAAAGUCGAGGGAAUUUAUAUAGGACUUUUUAUACAUCUGAAUUUUUAAUAUUAAGAAUGGUUUAAGACUCUAAAAAUAAUUGUUAUCUAGUUUUGUUACGUAUUUUUUUACAUUACAUUUUCUACAGUUGAUACUUAUUUUACGUUAAAUGGGUAUACAUAAUAGGUAUUUGCUAAUGCUUCUUACUAAGAGGAAAUUAGUUUUGAAUAAUGAUAUGCAUUUGUUAAGGUUUAGGUACCUAGGUUAUAAUUAUUGUAUAUUUAACAAAUAUAUUACGUAUAUUUAUGAUGAGAUACAAAUAUUGUGUGUAGGUUUUAGAAAAACAACCAUAUUUGUUAUUUUUUAAUAUUGUUUUAAUAAAGCUGUUGAUAAAAAA